CGCCAGCACCCGCGGCGCCCGCCGCCGCGGCCAUGGACACCGACGCGCCAGUGCCCGCGGCGCCGGCACCGGCGCCGCCAGCGCCGCCGAAGCGCGUCCGCCUCCAGACGGACGGCGAAGCAGAUGCGCCGCUGGCGACGAUGGACACGCCGGAAGGAGCGGAAGUUCGAGUAGUGGGCGGCCCCCAUGUCGAUUGCCAUGGCAAGCGGGGCCUAGUGGAGAAGACGGACGACCAGUUCAGCGUGGGCGCCGUCGCGCGCUGCGCGGCGCGCGGGCAGUUAGUGAUCGGCGUCUACAACAUGGGCAGAAAAGCCAUCGCCCCGGAACAUCUCAAAGUAGUAGCGGCGCCGCUACCUAAAGUGGUAGAAAAGAAGCCCGAGCCGAAGCCGAAGCCGAAGCCCCGAGUGCCGUUGACGGGCGCCCUCAGCCUACUCGCGCCGCGGCCGCAAGCGCCGCGCGUCGCGACGCGGCCGCGACCGACGCCCGGGCCGCGCUGGCCCAUUGAUCAAGAUUUAGACAGAAGAGCCUUAGAAUUGGACCCGCGGACGCUGAGUUACGACGUCCCGCGCACGGAAUCCAAAUUGAUACCGCGCGAGAUCGAAGAGCGCGAGGAGAGAGAGUUGCCGGAGCCGCUGCGGUACGUCGAACCUUCAAGUGAUGAGGACGACGACGACCCAUACAAGGGCCAACCUAGACUAUGGCACAAGGCCUGGUGCCACACGUCGAAUAGGACGUAUUAUUACGAUCUAUUGACGCGGGACGUGUCGUGGGUCGAACCGGAACACAUGGACACUACCGGAUUGCCGGGGCCGCCCUGCGCUAUAAUAGAACCAGAUGUUAUUGAGGCCGAAACACCGUCCAUGCUCGGCUGCGGGCCGCCGCGGAACUGGGUCACGCUCGCCCAGCCGAAGUCGUCGCGCGCGCGAGCCGUCAUCACGCAGAUCGACGUGUGCGGCGCGUAUAUUGGGUUGGCCUUCGACGACGGGCGGGUGGAGCUCUGGGCGUGGUUCGGAGAUCUGGUGUUCGGGGGCCUCCUGGAGGCGACGUACGUCGUGAGGCGGUGCCUGCGCUUCGAAGGUCUGGAAAGCACGGACGUCGAAGACUCAAAAACGUACGCGACGGUGGACUACGCGGACCCCAUUAAAUCCCUCGUGGACGGUCUGGUGGCGCGCGUCGCGAAGGACGCGCCGGCACAUAUCGUACGCUCGAGGACCUACGACGACUCCGAUUCAUCGGAUGACGAUUCGGACGAGCAGGUCCAAUUACUGCCGCGGGACUUCGAGGCGACGCACAUCAGGAUGCGGCCUGGAAGAGUCAUUGCGGAGGACACCUCCGUAUGCGGAAGAAGAGGACCCGUCGCAGCCGCCGAGGCGCCGGAUUGUGUGGUUGCGGCCUACCACUGCGAGAGGCAUGGAGUUGUUUUUUCCUGUUGGAGAGUGAGGGAAGGUAUCAAAGGGGCCCGCUGGCCUAGAAUGUCGCGGAAAUUUCCUUUUACGGAGACUCAUGCUAUUGCGGUGUCCUGCAAGGACGUGGCGGCUGCCGUUAUUGGGGGCGAGGGGCUCGUGGAUGGCGAAUCGGUAUCGGCUCUCUACUUGGUCGACGGCGUCGGUACGAAGCAGUUCAAGCUAUUAAGGUUAGAUUCGGCGGAGGGCGACGAUAGAGAUGCCAGGUGGGCCCUCGCUUUCGCCGGGAGUUCGUUGGUAGCGAUGCCUUGUACGAAUGCAUGCGUGAUUUUCAACGGUGAGCAACAAUGGGUCCGGGAGCGGCGCGUUGUUUUUGGCGAGGAUUUAUAUCCUCGCGCGCCUCUUUGUUGUGCCGUCGAUGAACAUAGGAUCGCGUGUUCCGACGGGGAUAGCGUCGUGGUGUUAGAUGCGACAACAGGAGCGUUCCUUAAGGAGCACCGAACUUUUCUGGAAGAGAAACGCGCAGAGGAGAAAAGACCCUGGAGGAUCACGAACGUCGGCUGCACGCACAACAAGAUCUCGGUCGUGUUAGAUGCCAGUGGUGAGGGUUAUAAUGACGGCGCCGCUUAUGUUUUUGAUGCCGACCAAAGUGAGGUGGAGCGGCUGGGCAUCGUCCCCAAGAAGAAGCGCGUCGUCCUGACCGAUAAAGAACUUUUCGAGGACGACGUCUGGCUGGCCUCGCGCGAGAAAAGAGACGACGACGACGAGGACUACCCGGAAGGCCACGAGUCGCACGACGACGAAGAUGAUGAGUCGUCGGAAUCCGACGAAUCGAGCGCGAGGCCGGCCUGGCGGGACGAGUUUGAUCGGGAGUUUGAAAAGGCUAAGCCUGCGACGCCGAAGACGCCGGAAGAAUGGGGCGUCGCGUCGUGCGGGAGAUCUGCGGGGUUCGUCCACGUCGAGGCGCCUUCGACGUAUUAUGAUGACGACGAUGCGUUGCGGGAGGGCUAUGCCGAGGAAGAUGUUAGCGAGGAGGCGGUGAUCUAUCCGUCCCGUCGUAUCGAUAACGAUACGGAUGCGGACCUCAUCAAACGAUGUGUCGAAAGAGGUAGUGCCUUCACGGCAAAAACCAGCUAUUCUGUGUUGUUGAGGAACGCCUCGAGUGAUCCCGACGGAGAGAAGAUUGAUGAUGAUUACGAGCUAGAUGCUACGGUAUUCCUGGAGGGCGACGAACCUUCUCGUACCGAAUGGUGCGCGAAGCACGGCCUCGUUGUUGAUAGUACUACUACCACAGAAGACGUCAGAGAGAUAGUUGAUAGCGGAGCCGUCCACGAAGUGACGAAGCGGCGCCGCCGCGCUCUUUAUAGAAGGCGGCCCAAGAAGAAGGCGCCGUUGUCACGGCGGCGGUUACUGCGGGACAUACCGCAGGGUGUCAAAGUGGACGAGACGCGCCCUUCAUCAGUCUUGCGGGUCGAGGCCGCGGAUCGCGAUGCCGCAAAAACAGCGGCGGAGGCGGCGCGUUUGGCCGCUUUGCCGUGGUUCGAGCGCGAGGCCCUAUUAGCUGGACGGGAGCCGGUGCGGCGCGCGCCCUCGCCGCCGGCCGCCGCCGCGCCGGUCUCGGAGGACGUCCGGCCCGGGCUCGCGGCGGCGACGGCGGCCGCGGAGGCGGCGGAGGCGGAGGAGGCGCCGUCGGCGAAGCGCCCGCUGUCGGACGACGACGGCGAUGCGGCGCCGGCGAAGAAGGUGAGAGUAGACGAUGUGGACCCGGCCCUCGACCCGAAGAAGCUCAAGCGUCUUAAAGUAGAGGAGUUAAGGGCCGCCCUCGAAGGUCUUGGAUGUGAUACGGAGGGCACCAAGCCGACGUUGGUGGAGCGGCUCAUCGAGGCGCGCGCGGCGUCGGCGGCGCCCGAGCCCGUGGAGAUGGAGGCCGAGCCCUCGCCGGCCGACGCGCCGGCGCCGGCGCCGGCCGAGCCGGCCGCGAAUGCGGACGCCGAGAUUGAUCCUAAAAAGCUCAAGCGCUGGCGCGUCGAGGAGCUGAGGGCCGCGCUCGAGGCGCUUGGCCAGGCGACGGACGGGCACAAGCCGGCGCUCGUCGAGCGGCUCGUCGCCGCGCGCCGCGGCGACGCCAUGGAGGACGACGGCGCCGCGCCGGCCGCCGCGCCGGCGGCGCCCGCGCCCGCGCCGGCGGCCGACGCCGAGACCGAACCCGCGCCCGCGCCCGCGCCCGCGCCCGCGCCCGCGCCCGCGCCCACGCCGGAGCUCGACCCGAAGAAGCUCAAGCGUCUUAAGGUAGAGGAGCUGCGCGCCGCGCUCGAGUCCCUGGGCCGCUCGACCGAAGGGAAUAAACCGGCGCUCGUCGAGCGGCUCAUCGAGGCGCGGCGCGCGGCGGCGAGCGGCGCGCCCGAGCCCGCGGCGGCGGCCGAGCCCGCGCCCGAGCCCGAGCCCGCGCCGGCCGCGACCGCGGCGCCGGCGCCGGCCGCCGCGGACGCGGAGAUCGAUCCUAAAAAGCUGAAGCGCUGGAAGGUCGAGGACCUCCGCGCGGCCCUCGAGGCCCUGGGCCAGGCGACGGACGGCACGAAACCUAUCUUAGUAGAGCGCCUCGUCGCCGCGCGCCGCGCCGCGAGCGGCUACGAGACUCCAGUCGACGAGGAGCCCCCGGUGCUGGACCUGCCCGACGACCGGGGCAAGCUCAAGGAAAUGUGCGCCCGGGCGGGCGUGCCUUAUAGCCCCAAGGACGCCCUCGAGCGCGUGAAGAAUAGACUGCGGAAGGCGCCGCCCAACACGGUGCUCCACGAGCGCGGCGGCGGCGGCUGUGACAUGUCCGACGACGACCUGGAUAUGAGUAAUGGCCACGGCAACGGCCACGGCAACGGCCACGGUGUCGACGAGGACGCGGCGCGCGACGCGCGGCGCAUGAGCGUCGGCGACCUACGGGAGACGCUGGGCCGCGGGAAUUUGGACAAAGCGGCGCUCGUCGAGCUGUACGCGCGGACACGGCAUGCAGCCGUGCCGGAGGCGGCGCCCGUCGCGUCGACCAUAUCACGAGCGGCAAGAGACGUCCGCUGCGAACUCGCCUAUCUCGGCGAAGACGUCUCCGACGACGACGUCACGCUACAAAGAAGGCGCGCUUUAUUGAAAGAGGCCUACGAGGAGGAGGAGGCGGCGUCUUCCUCAGAAGAUGAAGACGAGCCCCCAGAGGUGGAUGGGAAUCGCCUGCCGAAGCGUUUUGGAGGAAACCCGAAGUUUCCCUCUCGUCGCGCCAGGGACUGGGCCUUGGACGAUGCGGACGGGGCGCACGACCAGGACGUGGCGUCGUUGGGCGCGGCCAUGGCUUGUGCUGUCAGUAGGUGGGCGUCGCGGAGCGAAGAAGACGACUUCGCGUACCACAUGAAGUGCGCUCGCGGCGUCCCGCGGUGCUGCGGUGCCUUCACUUCAUUCAAACGACUCGUGUCCAUCUCACGAUGGCGUGGGUGGUUUAUUUUUCGAUUUUGAUGCUCCGCGCAGGCGCGUGGACGAAUGCGUGGCGGUCGGCGCGAGAUUUGAUGAGCCGCUUACGGACCGAGAUCUACGAGAUAGGGCGGAUCGGCGCGUCGACUGGCGCUGCGUCAACGACUACCAGUACAGGAGUAAGCGAGAUGAGACGGUAGAUGAGCUGGCUUGGCGCGGCGUCUGGGUACCGCGGAAAGCUACGGAAGCGACGGCGAAGCGCCGGUUGCGGUACGACGACCGCGGCGGUCCUUCUGCGCCAGAGGUAGAAGAGGAGGACGAGGACGAGGACUACUCGAGCGAAGAGGAGGAGGAACCCGUCGGAGACGUCGUGGCGGACGCCGUCGCGGCGGCCGUGGCCGCCGACGCCUGGCACUACCUCGAGAUGCUACGGCUCGAGAACGACGAGGAACUGAAAAAGUUGAGGGAGGAGGAGCGCCAAGCUGAACUCGAGGACCUCAGGAACAUUCCCCGCCUGACGUCGUCGCACCUGUCGCAUUUUUUUGGUGAUCCUCGCUAUGGUUUACGGUGUCGCCUCGUCGCGCUCGGGCAUGAUCAUAGGGUGCGGGUCUGCGGUCCCGACUUCCAGACGUCCUUCGUGGGCGCAGCGUUCCCUCUUGGCUAUGAGUUGUUCGACAAGAAUUAUGCGUUUAUGGAACCGGAGAACUGCGAGGAUUUGAGAAGAGGUAUGCGGGACCGCGAGGUCCACGAGGAUGAUAUAGCUACCACUCAUGGCUUUGCUCGCGUGCGGUUCGACGACCGGGAGCAAGGUUGGUACACAGAUAUAGGCGAGGACUGGUCCUGGAUGUGGCCCUAUAGCUCGCCGAUCACGAUGCACGGGCGGCGGUUCACGGAGGCACGGAAAGCGGACCGGGAGCUGCUCGGGAAGAAGGCGGCGGUCGGCGCGAUGUUCGGGUGGCGGGACUACCUCUGAUUAGUUAUUAUUUAACGGUUGUUGUUUGGUACUUAUAUAAUCUUGAGGUCGACGACGCUUGUUGUUUGGUACUUAUCACAUAG